UAUUUCAUGUUUUUAUUGCAUGCAUUUAUUAACUAUAACAGAAUCUAAAACAUUUAAAUAAAAUAGGAAGACUAGUACUCCUAAUACCGAUCCUUGUGGUACUGGACUAAUUAGGCUUCAUCAUCCCAAUUUGAACAUUCAUCUUUUUCUGUAUUUUUUUCUAUCCAUUAUGUAGUUCUUAUUUCAAACAUACACAUUUUCCCAUGGACUACACCUGUAAUUUAAGUAUUAAUCUUUAGUAACAUUAUUAAGCCUCCUACAAGUCUAAAUAUACUACAUGCUCUGGUUGCAUCAUUUCUUCCAUUCUUGUGUUUUAAGUACCUUAAUAAGUUAGUUAAAAUGGACCUAAUAUUGAUCUACGUAUCAGUAUCAAUAUUGAUAAUGUCAAUAUCAAUGAAAAUAAAAAAAUUGAGCAGUUGGGAUUGAAUUGCGAAUAUGUCAUGACAUGCAUCCAGUUUUGUGAUUUUAGUGGUGAUGUAUUCAGGUCUAAAUUGUUUAUUGUGGAUAGGAAAAAUGUUGGUCACAUGUAUGCAUUGCUGUUACUAUUACUCUUUGUAAAGGCUAUUACUAACAAGUAUCACCAAGUGUUCUUUUAGGACCCUAUGCAGAAAGCACAAUCCGGGGAGGAGUGAGGAAAACACAGGGAAAAAAGCAUGCAGAGGGGAUGGAAGGAAAACUUGGGGGUGUGUUCAAGGAGUGUCCUCCCGAUUCCCUGAAAUCAUGGCAGCUGGGAUGCACUCCCCUGGAGGGCCCAACGGGAUUAUCAGGAGCCAGUCUUUCGCUGGCUUCAGUACUCUGCAGGAGCGAAGGUCCAGGUGCAACUCCUUUAUUGGUAACUCAGCUGUGCCCAAGAAGCCCCAGUCCAAGCCAAGGAAGACGCACUUGUCAGGACACAAGACCAGCAGCAGCUCCAAGGAGUCUCAACCCAAGAGAGUGGAGGAGGUGUACGGAGCCCUGAAGAGAGGAUUAGAUGAAUAUCUAGAGGUUCACCAGGCAGAACUGGACAAGCUUACCUCGCAGCUUAAAGACAUGAAGAGAAACUCCAGAUUGGGAGUUCUGUAUGAUCUAGACAAGCAAAUCAAAUCUAUAGAAAGAUAUGUCCGAAGGCUGGAUUUCCACAUAAGCAAGGUGGAUGAGCUGUAUGAAGCCUUCUGUAUCCAGAGACGCUUGCGUGAUGGCGCCUGCAAGAUGAAACAGGCAUUUAGUGCGUCGCCCUCCACCAAGGGCACGAGAGAGAGCCUGGCUGAGAUCAACAGACGCUACAAAGAGUACAGCGAGAACAUGUGCACUUAUGAGUGUGAAUUGGAAAAUCUUUUGGGGGAGUUCCACAUUAAAAUGAAAGGCCUGGCUGGUUUUGCUCGACUCUGCCCAGGGGACCAGUAUGAAAUUUUCAUGCGGUAUGGAAGGCAACGAUGGAAGCUGAAGGGUAAAAUUGAAGUCAACGCAAGACAGAGCUGGGAUGGUGAAGAAAUUAUCUUCUUGCCCCUUAUCACAGAUCUCAUUUCAAUCAAGGUGACAGAACUAAAAAGCCUGGCUUCUCACAUCUUGGUUGGGAGUGUCAUCUGUGAAACCAAGGACUUGUUUACCGCUAGGCCUCAGGUGCUUGCAGUUGACAUCAAUGACCUCGGCACUGUCAAGCUCAACCUGGAGGUCACCUGGUUUCCAUUUGAUGUCGAGGACCUGACCCUGUCUUCUGGGAAUCUGAACAAGGCCUCUGCACUGCAGAGGAGGGUGUCUGUGUACAGCCAGGGCACUCCUGAGACACCCACUUUUGAGGAUACCUCCUUCUUUUCAACCCUGCCUGAUGAUGUCUUUGACAGUGGGUCAUGCUCUGAACGGAAGCGUCUGUCUUUCACCUUCCCAGAAACACUUAAUGGCAGCACCUCGCCACUCUCAGGAGUUCUGGGCCUCUCCAACCCAGAGAUCACAGUCACUCCGCCAGAGAAUGACAGUCAUUCCUUGCACUUGAUGGGAGAGGAGAACGAAGAAGGAAAACAAGGAGAGAAGCAGGAGGGGAGGGAAAAGGAAAACAAUGGCAUUUUGGCGGGUGAGAUGGACUCAGAGUGGGAGCUGCGUGAGAGCCUCCAGAAUGGUCCUACCUCCCUGUGCUCGGAACAGCUGUCCAUGGUGAGGCCUGAGGAUGUGUUCUUGAAUGCCAGCGUCUCAGAAUCUCUCCUGCGGGACUCGGAUGAAGCUCUGGAACUAAAGCCCGUGGAGCUAGACACAGAUGAAGGCAACCUGACCAAACAGCUAGUGAAGAGCCUGACUUCAACAGAAAUGGUCCCAUGUCCAGACAAGUCAGAGGGCUCGCUGAGCUGGGGAUCAGAGGGCAGCAGAUCAUUCCUGGACAGUAGCCUAGAAGAGUCCAUCCAGGGACUGCUAUUGAAGCUGGAGGGCGUAGAAGAGCAGUGCAAGGAGCUUCAGGACCUGGAGCAGGAGGCCAUGCGUCUGGAGGAUCUGCUGAAGUGUAAACCGGCUGCACAGAGGAGCAGGUCCUCCAGUUUAAGUCUGACUGUUGAGAGCGCUUUAGAGAGCUUUGAUUUCCUCAACACCUCAGACUUUGAUGACGAUGACACCGGGGAUGACGGGCUUCCUCGCUCCGUGUUCUUUGACAUGGAGUCAGAGAGGAUCGGGCCUGGGCACCACCCAGAGGCCAGAGGUCACCUGAGCGAAGCCCUGACUGAAGACACAGGAGUUGGGAACAGUGUGGCUGGCAGCCCCCUGCCCCUAACCACUGGCAAUGAGAGUCUGGAUAUUUCCAUUGUUAAGCAUCUCCAGUACUGCAGCCAUCUUGUACAGCAGCUCUUGGCCUCCAGGGGGAGCCCUUCCCACCGGCGAGCAGUGCUGCAGAAAAUCUCGGGACAGACCCUGGUACUGGAGGAACUGGGAGAGAUCAGCACAGAGAGGCUGGGGGCCAUCAGCUCUGUUGCAGAGGUUAUCCCAGGAUUGGCGCAACAGCAGGCCUUGUUGUCACUGUGGGUGGGGUGCAGUGGGUCAGGAAGCAUGUUCCACACGACAGCAGACAGGAUCCUGAAGCAGAUGCACUACUGCUUUGCUCCUGCCCUGCAGGAGAGAUGCCCAGAUGACAUUGACACAGCCAUCCAGACUGUGGUGAGUGAAAUGACAGACAGGAGUGAGCUGGCCUCCUCCACCUCCUCUCCCUGCACUUUCUCCCAGGACGUGGUCACCAUCUUCCAGUUCCAAAACUACAUCUCCACCUAUAGGGUUUCCAACAUGGAGGACCACCUGUUUCAAGUUGCCAGUGAAGCUCGGUUCCUGCUGGCCCUGCGGUCUUCAGAGGUCUACUGUGUGCUGAAGGAGCUGGAGGAAGUGGAGGUCUUGGCUCUUCAGCCUCGACAGGAGACUCUGAAGGUCGUAGCUAUGCUUCUAACUUCCGACUCUAUACAGAUCAGGCAAGCUGCAGACCGAUUCCUUCAGACGGGUGCCAGAGACACAGCAUUUAGACAGAAGGCAGUUUGCUACUACACAGAGGCUCUCUCAGAGGCGGGCGUGCACAGUCAGAGAGCAGCUUGUGCCGCGCUCAGCUGUCUAGUGGCCACUGAAAGUAUUGACGCUGUGGUGUCUCUGUGUGACUCUGCCGAUGAGGAGCUCCGGAAUGUUGCCACAGAAACACUGCUUACUUUUGGGGAAGAUGGUAGACUGGCGUAUGAGCAGCUGGACAAGGUCCCUAGAGAAAUGGUACGGGUGGGCACACGUCGAGGGAACGCAGUUACCACAGCUUUUUGAAGAGCAAAGGACAGGCCUCAACCACAGAGUGAGCAGGGCUGUGGGAGGCCCUGACAGGCCUUCCUGUUGCACAGAUAGAAACUAGAAAGGCUAAAGAGCCACAACAGCCCUACCAGUGUGGCUUCAAGAUCCAUUCACUGGCUGGGCUUUUCAUUUGUGUAUUUCCAGAUAAUUUUCAAGCCAUCUCUUUGCAUUAGUGCAUUUUUAAACUCAUUGUUUUAAUUAAAUUGGUCAUUAUUAUUGUUAUUAUUGUUCAUUGACCUCUUGGUUACGGGCCUGCCAUUUUCUCACUGGGCCACUCUGCUGUUUCAGUUCACAAAGUAAGGUUGGCACUUUAAAGUUGCACUGUAGACAACAAGUACAUACCUUACAUUUUUAUGUUUUUCUGGUACGUACUGUUCAGUUUCAGGGAUAUUUACAAUGUUAACACUUUUAUCACCAUUUGCACAUUGCAUUAAAGUUUUCAGCAAUUAUCUUAAACAAAGGUUUCAUCUUAAGAUCUCUGUUAGGCUGUGUGAGAGAAUUGGGCUGUUUAAAGUGUUUUCCAGGCUUUGUUUAUUCACUCCUGUUGGAGUGUUUCUGUGCAGUUUUUUUUUUACAGAGAGGAAGGGGAGCAAAAAUGAAAAAUUUCAGCCUUUCUGUUUUGCUGGACAAACACUGGGACCACACACGCCUGACACACGCAUACACUAAUCCACUAUUCAGCAAUUAUCAGGGACAUUGACUGAUGCUUGGGGCCAUGUUUGCUGGGCUUUAGUAGGAGAAGAGGAUUGCACUUUGCUUAUAUAAAAAGGAGGCACUGAAGAAUGAUUCCCGAUCCAGAUCUGAAGGAAGACUAUAAGCAUACAAUGAACAUUAUUGCUUCUGUCCUGUUCUGCUCUAAAGCUGUCAUCUCUUAAACAAAAGUCUUCUGGAGUUGCUGAUGUUAACUAAAGCAUUAAUUGAAAUUAUUUAUUUCUGUGCUCUCUGUAUUUAACUUUAACUGGGUAGUUUAUAGAGUUUUUCUAUGUUAUAAUUCAUGCUUUUCAGUUAAAUUUAAGUAUGAAUGAGCUGUGAAUGUGUGUUGUACUUCAUGUUCUGCUCUGCUUAUACAUCAAAAGCUGGUUGUUUAGUAAAAUAGUGACUACAGUUUCUCAGAGAUUUCAGAGAGUCAAAAAUGUACUUGGGUCAUGUUCAAUAUCUUUCAAAAGUUUAUCACCAGCAUUUCAUGAUUCCUCUUUAUCUCUUCAAUUUUGUUUCCCUCUUAACUGCCGAAACUAUAAUAAUGUAUAACUCCAGAUAAUAAGUGAGAAACCUGUUGUUAAAGAUGCUGUUGUUAUUGGUAAUUAAAAUAGCCCAUUUUAACCCUGGCUAUUAUACCUUAUGGCUAACUAUGAAUAUUUCCUAAAGUUUGAUGCAGUCAAUGCCAACAACCAGUAACUUCAAAACAAGCAAACAGUGAAUUAUAUAUACGAGAAGAUGUAUCUAAAAAAUAUGAUUUGAUUUGAUUUUUAUUUCAUUGCCGUCGUCAAACUCCACAGGCUUUAACAUUUACAGAUUUUAUUAUUCAGUUUAGUCAUGGGUCCAUCACAAGGUUUUCCAAUCCUGUUCCUUUAUCUCUGUUUAUCCGCUUACUCCUAAAACAUCAAUUAAACUAACAUUCAAUGUUCGACAUUAUUUUCUAUUCUGAAAGGUUGCAGGUUUUAGAUGUAACUACCAAAUAUCUUACAGUUUAAGAAAUGAAAAAAAUAUAAUAGAUCAAUCAAAUUAUUAGUUCAAUUAAGGGCUCAAUUAAUUGGUAGCUCAGCAGACAGCAUGGCCACUAGGAGUUAGGAUUUGGAAACCCUGUUCAAGUCAGGGGGAACAACUCCAAUCCUUGAGGUUUCUAGUGUAUUUCUAUCUGAGCCUGUAAUCACCUGAUCAAAAUCAUUAUUUUAAGUCCACCCCUGUCCUUAAUAAGCUGCAGAUUUACACAAACCUAUAAAUCCUGGUGGAGCAACACUUUGAGACGAGAGCCACACCUUUCCCGAUUGUAAGAUAGAAAUGCCCAGAUUUUUUUCUGGCAUUCAUUAGUAGAUACAUGUGAAAAUCUGGGGUGACUGAAAUUGAGAGCAAAACUGAGUAAUGCAGAAAGAAGGAUCUGAUAUUUAUUUUUCUGGUUUUGACACAGUUAAAGAUAGAAGUGUGUUUUACUGAAAGAAAAACAAUGCGACAUCAGUAAUGUUAUCACUAACAGUGACAAAUGUUUAUGAUUUUUCCUGUUUGUUAACUGGAAACAAUCAUUAGCAGAAGCUUGUGGCAAAACAUAAAUGUAAUUUAUCUACAAGGUAAUUGAACUGGUCUUUUUGGAAUUCUGGAAAACGUUUCCUGAAAGCAUUAGUAGCAAUUAGUAUGAACCAAGAAUCUUGUUUUGUGAUAAUCAUAAUCAUAAAAACAAUAUUCAUAAGGUGCUUGCAGAUAAUAAAACCUUUGAGUUUUCAAAAUGAAAUGUCCAGCACUAAGCAGAGCAUCAUUAUCCUGAAAAAAUAAUAAAAUACCCUGUGUUACACUUAAGUAGUAAGCAUCAGUGACAUCAAGGAGAUCAUUAAAGAGAGGAAAUAAUUUGACUCACUCCCCUGUUGUAUUUGUCUGUAGUCCCAAAGUCAAUACUAGGAACAACCACCUUCACUAUACAGUAGAAUAAAGGAGAACUGAGAAUGUAACAAAACCAUAGGUUACAGUUUUCAGUACCACCAAGAUAUGACUAGAAAACACUUCUUCAAGUAUUCAUUCAAUUCAGUUCUAUUAGAAAAGUUGUGUAAAAACUAGUUUGUUUCUCAAACAUGAAGGGUAUUCUGUUUUAUUUUUCUUAUGCACUGUGAAUCGUAGUACUUUUUAGUUUUGUAAAAAAAAGUAUUUGAGAUAAAAAUGGUUAAUGUUUGUACGUGUUGAGCAUCUGGAUGCUUACCGUUGCUUCUUAUAAAAACUCCACAGUUCCUUUGUACAGAAAGAUUAAAGUGGCCUGUAUCAUAA